AUGUCUUCCUCUGGCCCCCAGCAUUUACCUCCCCCACCGCCGCCGCCCCCAUUGAUCGGCAAAACGGCCCCCAAGCGACCAACAGUAGCAUCAGCGGGACCCACCGGGGCUUACCUGGUCGAGUUACUCAUUUUUAACGGCUGGCCUUUUAAAGACCACUGGGCAUACUGGGUUCGGUCACCGUCUGAUCCUGAUAUCGGUGUGCAGCUCCAUGCGACCGGGGAUGUAAGGAACGGCUUCGAGUUUCAAAUCAAGCGCCACUAUGACUUCCACGAUGACAACAGUGAACGGCCCUCUACCCGAAUUCCCUUACAGUGGAUCGAUGGGAAAUACUUUGAGGAAGGGUUGAUGAUGAAUAACGGGGUGUUGAAACUUGACAAUGUGCCUGUCUGUGGUUUUGAGGCAAGUGUACACAAGGUCAAGGUUCCGGGGAAGUCUUUAAAUACGGUCACCGAGACUGCCAUGUUGGAAGGCAGGAAAGCGCAAAAGGUGAACCAACGGAACUGUCAGACAUGGAUUGUGGAGUCUGCCGAUCAACUUGUCCGGGAUGGGAUGUUUAGCCAGGAAGUUGCGACAUAUCUUCGUGCUAUUGAGCAGUGA